GAAGGGCACAGGAGAGGGCCUGUCAUUACGACCUGAGGAGCAUUUAUAGCUGUAUUCAAGAAAAACAGCUGAAGCAAUGGAAGGCAUUUGAAGAGGAAAACCAAACAAUCAGACACAUGGCCAAAUAUUUCAGCACUCCCAGCAAAAGCUUCCAUACCCAGUAUGGUGAGGAACAGAACUGCCACCCGAGAGGAGAGAAAAGCUCCAUGGAGAGGCUCCUCACAGAAAAAAAUGCUGUGAUUGAAAGCCUGCAGGAACAAGUAAACAACGCCAAAGAGAAGCUAGUGAGACUGAUGUCAGCUGAGUGCACCUAUGACCCCCCAGAGAGGGCUGUCCCACCUGCCUCUUCCCAGAGCAAGGACAUCCAGGCUGCAGCCUCUGCCCGUGGUCUAGCAGCUCAGGGGCCCCCAGAAUGCCUCUCUGGCUCUCAGAAUGAUACCAGCAUGGCCGCCCAGGACUCCCAGCACACCUCAGUGCCCUCCUCACAGAUGCAAAACUUUGAAGGGCCUGUGAAGGACACUGGCACCUCCCCAGGGCAGAAAGAAAAGAUAUUUGACUUGAAGGACUUUUCUGAUCAUUUGGACUCAGGUUGUAGCCCAAAGCCACGGGCUGAGAAAAGCCAGUGUCUAAAAAAAGGAGACCAGGAAUCCAUGGCCCCCAACUGGAGUCUAAUACCAGGUAGAGGGGGCUCUGAUCCUCAGAGACAGAGGCAGCCAGAGAACUCAGAGGAGCCCCCAGAGCGGCUACCAAGGGUCAAUUCAGUGAUCAGGGAGAAGCUUCAGGAAGUCUUACAAGAUCUGGGCCUGGGCCCUGAGGCUCCCCUCUCCUCUGCCCCAUCUUGUCCCCAGCAGUCCUGGAAGAGCAGUGCUGCCCACAGCCCCCAGAAGGAGCUGGGCUUCAGCCCAUACAUGGUGAGGCGAAGGCGGGCAGCUCCACGGGCUCGCUCACACUUUCUUGGCUCUGUACCCUCUUCUGUGGGGCAUCGGGCAAACAGGACUGUUUCUAGGGCACACAGUGGGCUGAAUGUGCAGAAUGGGGACAGCCCCAGCCUGGACUCCCAAAUUGCUGAUUCCAGGAUACCAAGACCCUCCUCCCAGAAGCCGUCACUACUCCCAGAUCCUCAAGGCAGGCUGGGCGUCCUGGAGGGCAGCAAACAAGGCCAGACAGAGCUGCAGGGGGUUGGAGGGGGCCACACAGCCCUUUCUCACCAGCCUUCUGCUUCUGGCCAGGCACAAAGUUCCCCAGCCCCAUGCCUACCAGCCUCACUAGACCUCUCUGAGCAGCAGCAGCUGUGGCCCCCAGUGUCCCCAGGCUACCCCUCUCUGUCUUCUCCUCCGUGCAACUACCUUGACACUGAAUCCAGCAGCUCAGAUGAGUUCUUCUGCCACUGCCACCGGCCCUACUGUGAAAUCUGCUUCCAGAGCUCCUCUGAUUCCAGUGACAGUGGGACAUCAGACACUGACCCCGAGCCUGCUGCAGGGCUGGCUUCCUGGGGAAAGCUGUGGGCCCGCUCCAAGCCUAUAGUGAACUUCAAAGAUGACUUGAAACCCACGCUGGUGUGAAAAGGAGCAGAGCUGGCCUAGACGCAGAGGUCAGUCAGGACAAGCCACAGCAGAGCCUGCAGGAGGGGAGCAGACCAGCACCCUGCAUUUAGCCAGCCCUUACCAUGCCUCAGCUCCACUCACUGUGUUACUCAGAGCACUUCUUGAUCCAUGGAAAGAGGAAUGUUGCCUGUCUUGUUACUACCUCACAACAUUACUGUAAAAGACUCUAGAUGUAUGACUAUGAAAGAUACUCACUCCUUGGAUAGAAGGUGCUAAAUGAGCACACGGGGUUUCUGUCUGGGUCAGCCUGCAUUCUACAAAACUCUUUACAUAUACCAGAUGGAUGGCUGGAUGGACAGACAGAUGGAGAGAUGGUUGGGAAAUUUCUGCAGAACCUGAGUUGUGGAUUGUCACCCAUCAAACUGGCCUUUUGCAGAGCCACCUUGCAUCACUCUCUUGUUCUUGUCUUUCCACCAUUAUGGCACCUCACAGUCAUCCCUGAGAUAGUCAGGUCUCCCUAUGCCCACAGGCUACCCACAUCUCUCCUGGCUGGGAUGGAACCUGAGACCCAGACUAUCUCCUGGUCCUGUGGCCUAUCCCCUUGACUCUCCUGGUGGUGCUGUUUUGUACUGGGGGAAGCACAGGCUCAAUCUCUGCUGGGAGAGGGGAAGUCCCAUUUGUCAAGAGGUGCUUUUAGUGCCAUUGGGGUUAUAUGACCAGCAACAGACACAUAAACCUGAAAACAAAAUGGGGAUAUAGAAAGGAAGAAAUGGAGGACAAGAAUUCAGGAAAGAAAACAAGUUUUGAACAUUGAACUUGAAUCUGGCUCAGUAUUUGGCAAUAUCAAAUUUCAGUAAUUCUUUAUAAUAACCCUGUGAAGUAGACACUCUCAUUUUUAGACGUGAGGAAUAUGAGGCUUAGAAAACUAAAAUAACUUCCCCAACAUCACACUGCUGGAGAGUGGCUGAUGGAGGACUUGCUGCAAGUUGGUGGAUUUUCCUGGGGACACAUCUCUUCACUUUUUCUUUUGGGAGUGGCAGGCGGGGCUUGGCAGGCCAGACAGUAAAGCAGGAGUAGCGUAAGAAAGCUGCGACGUGCUCACCCUGCAGUCCAGGACAGCAACACUGGGUUCCUGGUCUAGGGAAGCAGCCUCCACUUCCCCACUGCCCCGAGGGCUCACCUGCACCUCCCAAGGGAACGGGGGAGUUGGUGAAGGAUGAGUGCCAGGGACUUGUCCGCAGCCAAAGCCACAGAGAGGGCACAGCUGCGUCCACCUUGCUUGCUGCUAAGCUGGUUGUCAUUUACAGGCCAUCCCCUGCCCCCACUCCCAUGGGUACUUCUGUGGGUGUGCAUGUGUUUGCAUGAAGGAGUUUGGGCCUCAUCAGACAUGCACAGAGGGGGACAUUUGGCUCUGAAACAUCUCACAGAUUUAUCACAGACUGUAGGGGGCUGCUGACACCUUAUAACUCUCCAGACACUGGACAAGGAGGCCUCCUGAUAGCACAGCUACUUCUAUCAUUUGCUUUUAAAUAUGAAUUUCAUAAUUUAUUCUGUGUGUGGGUUUUCAGUUUCUGCUUGUGCUGUGUGUACACUAUCCAAGUGGUACCUUAAUAAAAGAGAGAUAACUCCCGA